GGAUGAGGAGGAUGGGGAGGAUGGGAUUCCGCUGUGUUCUGAUAUCCCCUCCCCCUGGCCUGCCUCUCGGCCCUCUCCAGGGGGGGGGGUCAUGUCGGAGUCGCUGGCGCAAGACAACGGCUGGGGCGGGGGGGCGGCCGCAGGGGAGGGGGGCCCGGCCGUCGUGCCCCCCGAACGCUACGACGCCCACCGGGCCAAGACGGCCGCCAGCCUCGCCUGGCUCCUCGGCAAGGCGUACGGCGCAGACCACGUGCCUGAGGACCUGCGUGACCCCUUCUACACGGACCAGUACGAGCAGGAGCACAUCAAGCCUCCCGUGACCCGCCUGCUGCUCACCGGCGAGCUCUACUCUCAGGUUUGCCUGCUGGUGAUGCGCGGGGGCGGCGGCGGAGGCGGCGGCGGCGACGGCGGCGACAGGGGCCCCUCCGCGUGUCCCGGCGGGGGUCACGGGGCCGUGGUGCGAGCCCUGGCCGACAAGGGCCUGCACGUGCUGGGCGGCGGCGCGGGCGAGACCCCCAUCACGGAGGACGACCUCGCGCGCACGCCCAUCGACAUGGCGGCUCACCUGGCCCUGAUGGACGCGCUGAUGAUGGCGGUGGCAGUGGAGAUGAUGAGCGUGGAGCGCGUGGUAGCGGCCGUGCAGCGCUUCUCCACGUUCUCCGCCUCGCAGGAGCUGCCCUACGGCCUUGAGGACGCCAUGCUCUUCUGGAUAAACAAGGUGAACAUGAAGAUGCGCGAGAUUGUGGAGGCCGAGUGGAAGCUGCGACAGAGGUCGGAGUCGCCUGCCCACCACAAGUCUCCCUCCAAGUGGUACUGGAAGCUGGUGCCAGUGCGCUACCGACGCGACGGGCCGCGCCAGCUGCCGUUCUUCCCGCAGCUGGAGUCGCUGCUGGCCGGGCUGUCCGACGGUGCCGCGCUGGCGGGCCUGCUGCACUACUACUGCCCCUCCCUGCUGCACUUGCAAGACGCGUACCUGCGGGAGACGAUGUCCGUGGCCGACAGCCUGCACAACCUGAGCGCCGUGCGGGCCCUGGCAAUGGUGCACCUGGGCCACUGCUUCUACCUCACCCUGGAGGACGUGCUGUACGCGCCCGCCUGCCUCAAGCACAACGUGAUGGUGCUGGUGGCCGAGCUCUUCUGGUGGGUUGAGGUGGUGCAGCCGGACUUUGUGCAGCCACGAGUUGCACCUCCACUGCCCACCGACGCGAGGAGCACAACCCCCAAGCUGAUGCGUCCCCACGUGCCCAUCUCUAACGCCACAAAGCGGAGCUUCCGUGCUCCCAGCAGCCCCCGAGCCUCGGCCCACAUCUCCCACAGCAACCCCGACAUCAGCAAGGGCGGCGGCGGCGGCGGCGGCGGCGCCGGCGCCUCGUCGGGUCCCAGCCCGUCCCACCCGCUGCUGCCUCUCCGGCCGCGACAGCAGAGGCUGCCCGUGCAGGGCACCACGGGAGACGCUCCCGCAGUGCCCCCGCUGUUCCGCUCCAACUCCCUGACGCGUGUGGACGGCUCCCCGAAGCGCGGCUCCGUCAUCGCAUGGCCCGAGAGGAGGCAGAGGCCCCUGUCUCAGCCGGUGGCCGCCGGGCCGGCGGGGCCGGCGGGGCCCUGCGGCACCGUUGGCGGCGGCGACGAGGGGGACGCCGACUCGCUGGGGCUGGCGCGGUCGGUGAGCGGGGACAGCCUGGCGUCCGCAACGCCGGUGCAGAGCUUCGGCCCGGCACCGGCCCGGCACACGCCCUCCGCCGGUCUGCCGACGCGCUCGUCGCUGCUGGCGCGUGUGCAGAUGGAGCCGCGCGACGAAGACUACGACGACGACGACGACGACGACGACGAAGACGGCGGCGGCGGCGGCGGCGACGACGCGGGCGACGACGCCGAACUCGCCGCCAUCGUCGGCUCGGGCGACGCCGGCGUCUUCCGGCGCUACGGGCGCUCACCGGCGCACCACCGCGCCGCCGCGGCCGCGGCCGUGGCCGCGGGCCCGCCGCCCAUGCGGGAACCCCUCAUCCCCGCCGUCACCCGGCCAGCCAAGGAGCGCGCCGCCGCGGUCGGCAAGGCGGAGGAGUCGGCGCCGCCGCCGCCGCCGCCCGAGGUCGGCUUCUUCCUGCACUCGCCGCCGGCGUCGCGCCGCGGCGACCGCGACGCCGGCGGCGGCGAGCGGGGCAAGGGGGCGCGCCGGGAGCCCUCGCCGGACGGCACUGGCGGCAGCCACGGGGACGUCGCCUCCGUCAGGGAGGACAGCCUCUCGGACCCCGAGGAGUCGAGCAAGCUGGGCGAGGAGCUCACGGUGAAGGAGUGCCCGGGCAAGGAGGAGCCGCGCGUCGCCCGCGGCUCCGCCGGCGCCAGCCCCAGGAGCCCCAGGAGCCUCAGCGCCAGCCCCAGCGCCAGCCCGGCGCCGAGCAGCGCGACGGGCGACAGCAACACGUCGUCCGCCCGCCUCACCAGCUUCGCCGAGCGCAAGCUGCGGCGCUUCAACAGCGCGGAGGCCGGCGCCGGCGCCGGCGCCGGCGGCGGCGGCGGCGGCGGCACGUUCCCGCGCCGCGCCAGCAGCAGCAGCAGCUCCCAGCGGACGACGCCCGAGGGCUCCGAGAGCGUGGCCGCGCCGCCCCCGGCGUCGUCGUCCGCGGCGUGGCCCCGCGCCUACGAGGAACGCGACGAGGAGGAGGAGCCGGCGGCGGCGCCGGCGUCGCCGUCGGACGCCCGGCGCGCCCAGCGCGAGGGCCGGCUGGCGGCGGAGAUGGUGCAGCUGCGCCUGCGGCUGGAGGAGAAGCGGCGGGCCAUCGAGGCGCAGAAGCGGCGCAUGGAGGCGCUGUGCGCGCGCCAGCGGGAGCGCGCCGGCAAGGCGGCCUUCCUGCACGUGGUGCGCAAGGCGCACGGAGCCCCCAGCGGCGGCGGCGGCGGCGCCGGGGGCGCCGGCGCCGUCGUCGUCGUCGGGCGCUCGCUGCACGAGGAGCGCCCGUCGAAGGAGGAGACCACCAGCUCCAGGAAGAUGCAGCUGGAGUCUCGCCGCGAGACGCGGGGCAGCGGCGACGAGUGUGACGAGCGCGGCGACGGCGGCGGCGACGACGGCGACGGCGGCGGCGGCGACGACGACGGCGUGGUGCCGAGAACGCCGCGGCACGCUGGCUCGUGCCGCGACCCCGACCCCGCCAAGCUCACCGAGCUCGAGAUCCGGCGGAACAUGGCCGCGCUGCGUCAGCGCUGGCUCCGGGAACGGACGCCGCCGCCGCCGCCGACGACAGCCCGCGGGCCCGGCAAGGCCGCGGCGUCGGCGUCGGCGUCGCGGGACGAGGAGGGGGGGGAGGAGGAGGAGGACGAGGAGGUGGAGGAGGCGGCGACGGUAGCGGACGGCGCGCCCGAGUACAACCGCUCCAUCGAGAAGCUCAACGAGACGCUGUGCGUCCUGCAGCUGGAGAUGCAGCGGCUGUCGCAGCAGCAGGAGGUGCUGCUCAGCCUGCCGGCGCUGUCGGCCGCGGCGGCCGCCGCUGCCGCGGCCGCCCCGCAGCAGCAGCAGCAGCAGCAGCGGACGGGCCGGCGCGGUGCACCACCGUCGCCGGUGCAAACCGGGGAUGGAGGCGCCGUCUCCUCGCAGCGGGUGGCGCCGGGCGGCCGCCGCGGGCCCGCCGCGGCCGCCGCGGCCGCCGCCAAAUCGUGGCCACGGGGCGUGCGGCCGCAGGAGCUGAAGCUCCAGGGCGAGGCCGGCGGCCGUCCCCACCACCACCACCACCACCACGGCCCGGCUUCGGCGUCGCCCGUCGCCAGCCCCCACCAGCAGCAGCAGCAGCAGCAGCAGGGGGCCGGCGGGCACGGCCGCCCGCCGGCCACGCCGCCCCCGCCGUCGCCGCGCGGCAUGUCGCCCCCGCAGGACGUGGACAGCCUCCCGCACCUGCGGCGCGUCGGCAGGGCCGCCCGGCCCGCCCCGGCCGAGCCCUUCCGCUUGCACGACGAGGGCAACGCUCGGCGCGGUCCCGGCAAAGACGGCGGCGGCGGCGGCGGCGGCGGCGGCGGCGGCGGCAGGCCCCGCUCGCUGGACUUGUCGGACGGCGCGGGCCGAGCGAUGGAGGAGGAGGAGGAGGAGGUCGGCCGCGGUUAUUACGGCGACGGCGGUGUUGGCGAUGAGGUGGAGGAGGAGGAGGGGGAGGGGGGGGAAGCGGGGAGGGAGACGGACGGGGAACCGAGGAACCGGUCGACGCUCAUCGAGGUCGACCUCGCCGAGCUGACGGUGGCCGAGCUCGAGGGGUUGGUGGGCGCCGGCGGUGGCGCCGGUGACUCGGAGCAGCUGGACCUGUCGGGGGACAUCCCCGGCCUGGGAUUCUUCUACAAGGACGAGGUGCGUGGCGAGGACGAGAUGGCCAAGAGGCGGGCGGCUUUCUUGCUCAAGCAGCAGCGCAAGAUGGAGGAGGCGCGGUCACGGCGCUUGCAGCUCGACGCCGACAGCGAGAUGAAGCGUGAGGAGGCCCGGCGCAAGGCGGAGGAGGACCGCACGCGCAAGGAGGAGGAGAAGGCCCGGAAGGAGGUGAUCAAGCAGGAGUACUUGCGGCGCAAGCAGGAGCAGCUGCUGGAGGAGGCCGGCGCCACGCGCCCCAAGCCGGCGCCGCCGCCGCCGCACGUGCGGCCUCACGCCCGCAGGCAGCGGCCCAAGUCGGUCCAGCGGGAGCACGACGGCCCCGUGGGGGGCUCCCCCGGCAAGGCGCCCUCCGUGGGGAAUCUGAGCCGGGCCGAGUCCGGCUCCACCAACUCAGUGGCCACGGCGGCCACGGCGGACAGCGUCCACUCGGGCGUGCGGCCGCAUCGGCUGGAUGAGAUGCACGCGCUGGGAGGCCGUGGCGCUGGUGACCGAGACUGGGAGAACGGCUCAACCACUUCCUCUGUGGCCUCCGUAGCGGAGUACACUGGCCCCAAGCUGUUCAAGGAGCCGAGUGCCAAGUCCAACAAGCACAUCAUCCACAACGCCAUCGCACACUGCUGCCUGGCCGGCAAGGUCAACGAGCCGCAGAAGAACCGAAUCAUCGAGGAGCUGGAGCGGAGCGAGGCGAACCACUUUGUGAUCCUAUUCCGCGAUGCGGGCUGCCAGUUCCGUGCGCUCUACACGUACCAGCCGGACGGCGACGACAUGAGCAAGCUGACGGGCACGGGUCCGCGCGCCAUCGCCCGCCGCAUGGUGGACAAGCUCUACAAGUACAGCUCGGACCGCAAGCAGUUCACCGCCAUCCCGGCGCGGAGCAUGUCCGUGAGCGUCGACGCCCUCACCCUCCACGGCCAGUACUGGCAGCCACGGAGGCCCGGAACGGCGGCGGCCGGGGCGGCCGGGGCCGGCGGCGGCGGCGGCGGCGGCGGCGUCUCGCUGGGGCCCUCGCGGCGUUAG